AUGAUGCUGCUCCAGGCUAUUUCCGUUUCGCUUCCCUUCUUCCUCCUUUCCUCUGCGGUGGCAGAUCCACGGGCAUGUACCGGUGACACCAAGUCCCUGUCUCCGUCCUACUUCACCCUCAACGAGACAGACAACCGCUUUCUCCCGGCGCUGUCCAAGAUCUUCACCGCGGCCGGCAAGAAAGUGACCGUGACCCAGGUUCUUGCCGAUGCCAAUCGCGACCUGCAGAAGGGCGUCGUCACCUCGCCCAUGUCGGAGCGCUGGCUGUGGAAUAGUGGCGACGAAUCCACGACCAAAUGGAUCCCCCAGGGCAUGACUAGCUCGGGCGAUGCCCUGGGCGCCGGCACGUAUGAGGACAAGGACGUCUGGCUUGUUAGCUGGUACCAGAAGGAAGGCGGGUCCAAUGUGCGGGUGAGCUUUGUGGACCGUGCCACGCAUAAGUAUCGCCAUGUGAUGCUGGUCGAACCUAGCACCGCGGACAACUUCAAAUCGGUGCCGAUCCAUGCGGGGGGUAUCGCGUGGUAUGGGAAUACCCUCUAUGUGGUGGAUACCAACCACGGGCUGCGGGUGUUCGACAUGGAUAAUAUCUGGAAGGUGGAAUCGGGCGAUGGCAUUGGGAAGAUCAGCGGGGGCGGUUACUCGGCAGCCAACUAUGCAUAUGUGCUUCCGCAGAUGAGAGUCUACAAUUGGACCCAACUCCAGCCCGACGCCAAAUUUCGCCAUUCUUGGGUCGCUCUCGAUCGCCUGGAUUCUCCCGACACUCUGUUGGUCGGCGAGUAUCAGACCGACGAUGCCACCCUUCCCAUUCGCCUAGUCAAGUACCCCUUGGACUAUCAGACACGCCGUCUACGCAAAACCAAGUCCACGAUUGUGACUGCUUCCUGGGUAUACUGCGUCGACAUCCUCCGCAUGCAGGGCGGAUUCUCUCGAAAUGACACCUUUUACCUGGGACGGAGCAACGGUCAGAAGAACGGUGGUGAUCUUUUCACCUGGAGCCCUGGAGAAGCAGCCACGGGAUCAAGCUACUUCCCUCCGGGAAAUGAAGACCUCAGUUACAAUGAAGCAAAGAAGGAGUGGUAUACUGUGACUGAAUGGAAGGACCAGCGGUACAUUGUGGCGUACAAGAAGGAAGUUGCGUGA